AUGUCCAGUGUGUCUCCUCUUCAUCAUCAGUGUGUCUCCUCUUCAUCACCAGUGUGUCUCCUCUUCAUCACCAGUGUGUCUCCUCUUCAUCACCAGUGUCUCCUCUCACACGUGUGUCUCCUCUUCAUCAUCAGUGUGUCUCCUCUUCAUCACCAGUGUGUCUCCUCUUCAUCAUCAGUGUGUCUCCUCUUCAUCACCAGUGUGUCUCCUCUUCAUCACCAGUGUGUCUCCUCUUCAUCAUCAGUGUGUCUCCUCUUCAUCACCAGUGUGUGUCUCCUCUUCAUCACCAGUGUGUCUCCUCUUCAUCACCAGUGUGUCUCCUCUUCAUCAUCAGUGUGUCUCCUCUUCAUCAUCAGUGUGUCUCCUCUUCAUCACCAGUGUGUCUCCUCUUCAUCACCAGUGUGUCUCCUCUUCAUCACCAGUGUGUCUCCUCUUCAUCACCAGUGUGUCUCCUCUUCAUCACCAGUGUGUCUCCUCUUCAUCAUCAGUGUGUCUCCUCUUCAUCACCAGUGUGUCUCCUCUUCAUCACCAGUGUGUGUCUCCUCUUCAUCAUCAGUGUGUCUCCUCUUCAUCACCAGUGUGUCUCCUCUUCAUCAUCAGUGUGUGUCUCCUCUUCAUCACUCACCAGUGUGUGUCUCCUCUUCAUCACCAGUGUGUGUCUCCUCUUCAUCACCAGUGUGUGUCUCCUCUUCAUCACCAGUGUGUCUCCUCUUCAUCAUCAGUGUGUCUCCUCUUCAUCAUCAGUGUGUCUCCUCUUCAUCAUCAGUGUGUCUCCUCUUCAUCACCAGUGUGUGUCUCCUCUUCAUCAUCAGUGUGUCUCCUCUUCAUCACCAGUGUGUCUCCUCUUCAUCAUCAGUGUGUCUCCUCUUCAUCACCAGUGUGUCUCCUCUUCAUCAUCAGUGUGUCUCCUCUUCAUCACCAGUGUGUCUCCUCUUCAUCAUCAGUGUGUGUCUCCUCUUCAUCACCAGUGUGUCUCCUCUUCAUCACCAGUGUGUCUCUCCUCUUCAUCACCAGUGUGUCUCCUCUUCAUCACCAGUGUGUCUCCUCUUCAUCACCAGUGUGUCUCCUCUUCAUCACCAGUGUGUCUCCUCUUCAUCAUCAGUGUGUCUCCUCUUCAUCACAGUGUGUCUCUCAUCACAGUGUGUCUCCUCUUCAUCACCAGUGUGUCUCCUCUUCAUCAUCAGUGUGUCUCCUCUUCAUCACCAGUGUGUGUCUCCUCUUCAUCAUCAGUGUGUCUCUCCAUCACCAGUGUGUCUCCUCUUCAUCACCAGUGUGUGUCUCCUCUUCAUCACCAGUGUGUCUCCUCUUCAUCACAGUGUGUCUCCUCUUCAUCAUCAGUGUGUCUCCUCUUCAUCAUCAGUGUGUCUCCUCUUCAUCAUCAGUGUGUCUCCUCUCUCAUCAGGUGUCUCUCUCAUCACAGUGUGUGUCUCCUCUUCAUCAUCAGUGUGUCUCCUCUUCAUCACCAGUGUGUCUCCUCUUCAUCAUCAGUGUGUCUCCUCUUCAUCACCAGUGUGUCUCCUCUUCAUCAUCAGUGUGUGUCACUCUUCAUCACCAGUGUCUCCAGCACCAUCUCCUCUUCAUCACCAAAACCACUGCUGUAGUUUCAUAGUUAUUUACCAUAAAAUUCCCAGAAACAAGACCAGAAUGUGGUUUUGUGGGCUCCACCUCCAACCACUGCACCUCCUCUGCACCUCCAACCACUGCACCUCCUCUGCACCUCCAACCACUGCACCUCCUCUGCACCUCCUCUGCACCUCCAACCACUGCACCUCCUCUGCACCUCCUCUGCACCUCCAACCACUGCACCUCCAACCACUGCACCUCCUCUGCACCUCCAACCACUGCACCUCCUCUGCACCUCCAACCACUGCACCUCCUCUGCACCUCCAACCACUGCACCUCCUCUGCACCUCCAACCACUGCACCUCCUCCUACUCCACCUCCAGCCACGACUCCGUGAAGCUGAUCAAGUUCGCGGACGACACCACCCUCAUUGGACUCAUCUCCAACAACAGCCUCCACCUGUACCUAUGUCUCCACCUGUACCUAUGUCACCACCUGUACCUAGGCCUCCACCUGUACCUAUGUCACCACCUGUACCUAGGCCUCCACCUGUACCUAUGUCUCCACCUGUACCUAUGUCACCACCUGUACCUAGGCCUCCACCUGUACCUAUGUCACCACCUGUACCUAGGCCUCCACCUGUAUCUAUGUCUCCACCUGUACCUAUGUCACCACCUGUACCUAGGCCUCCACCUGUACCUAUGUCUCCACCUGUACCUAUGUCACCACCUGUACCUAUGUCUGCACCUGUACCUACGUCUACACCUGUACCUAUGUCACCACCUGUACCUAGGCCUCCACCUGUACCUAUGUCACCACCUGUAUCUAGGCCUCCACCUGUAUCUAUGUCUGCACCUGUACCUAUGUCACCACCUGUGCCUAGGCCUCCACCUGUACCUAUGUCACCACCUGUACCUAUGUCACCACCUGUACCUAUGUCACCACCUGUACUUAUGUCACCACCUGUACCUAUGUCACCACCUGUACCUAUGUCACCACCUGUACCUAUGUCUGCACCUGUACCUACGUCUCCACCUGUACCUAUGUCUGCACCUGUACCUAUGUCUCCACCUGUACCUAUGUCUCCACCUGUACCUAUGUCUCCACCUGUACCUAGGCCUCCACCUGUACCUAUGUCUCCACCUGUACCUAUGUCACCACCUGUACCUAGGCCUCCACCUGUACCUAUGUCACCACCUGUACCUAGGCCUCCACCUGUACCUAUGUCUCCACCUGUACCUAUGUCACCACCUGUACCUAGGCCUCCACCUGUACCUAUGUCACCACCUGUACCUAGGCCUCCACCUGUAUCUAUGUCUCCACCUGUACCUAUGUCACCACCUGUACCUAGGCCUCCACCUGUACCUAUGUCUCCACCUGUACCUAUGUCACCACCUGUACCUAUGUCUGCACCUGUACCUACGUCUACACCUGUACCUAUGUCACCACCUGUACCUAGGCCUCCACCUGUACCUAUGUCACCACCUGUAUCUAGGCCUCCACCUGUAUCUAUGUCUGCACCUGUACCUAUGUCACCACCUGUGCCUAGGCCUCCACCUGUACCUAUGUCUUCACCUGUACCUAUGUCACCACCUGUACCUAUGUCACCACCUGUACUUAUGUCACCACCUGUACCUAUGUCUCCACCUGUACCUAGGCCUCCACCUGUACCUAUGUCACCACCUGUACCUAGGCCUCCACCUGUACCUAUGUCACCACCUGUACCUAGGCCUCCACCUACAGACCGCGUCUUCAGUCAGACAGACCGCGUCUUCAGUCAGACCGCGUCUUCAGUCAGACCGCGUCUUCAGUCAGACAGUCAGACCGCGUCUUCAGUCAGACAGUCAGACCGCGUCUUCAGUCAGACCGCGUCUUCAGUCAGACCGCGUCUUCAGUCAGACAGUCAGACCGCGUCUUCAGUCAGACCGCGUCUUCAGUCAGACCGCGUCUUCAGUCAGACAGACAGACCGCGUCUUCAGUCAGACAGACCGCGUCUUCAGUCAGACAGACCGCGUCUUCAGUCAGACAGACCGCGUCUUCAGUCAGACAGACCGCGUCUUCAGUCAGACCGCGUCUUCAGUCAGACAGACCGCGUCUUCAGUCAGACAGUCAGACCGCGUCUUCAGUCAGACAGACAGACCGCGUCUUCAGUCAGACAGUCAGACCGCGUCUUCAGUCAGACAGUCAGACCGCGUCUUCAGUCAGACAGUCAGACCGCGUCUUCAGUCAGACAGACAGACCGCGUCUUCAGUCAGACAGACAGACCGCGUCUUCAGUCAGACAGACAGACCGCGUCUUCAGUCAGACAGUCAGACCGCGUCUUCAGUCAGACAGACAGACCGCGUCUUCAGUCAGACAGACAGACCGCGUCUUCAGUCAGACAGACCGCGUCUUCAGUCAGACAGUCAGACCGCGUCUUCAGUCAGACAGACAGACCGCGUCUUCAGUCAGACAGACAGACCGCGUCUUCAGUCAGACAGACAGACCGCGUCUUCAGUCAGACAGACAGACCGCGUCUUCAGUCAGACAGACAGACCGCGUCUUCAGUCAGACAGACAGACCGCGUCUUCAGUCAGACAGACAGACCGCGUCUUCAGUCAGACAGACAGACCGCGUCUUCAGUCAGACAGUCAGACCGCGUCUUCAGUCAGACAGACAGACCGCGUCUUCAGUCAGACAGACAGACCGCGUCUUCAGUCAGACAGACAGACCGCGUCUUCAGUCAGACAGACAGACCGCGUCUUCAGUCAGACAGACAGACCGCGUCUUCAGUCAGACAGACAGACCGCGUCUUCAGUCAGACAGACAGACCGCGUCUUCAGUCAGACAGACCGCGUCUUCAGUCAGACAGACCGCGUCUUCAGUCAGACAGACCGCGUCUUCAGUCAGACCGCGUCUUCAGUCAGACCGCGUCUUCAGUCAGACCACUGA